GCAGCCUUUUCCCCUUUUGUGGACAGGUACAAGGCCCAGAACUGUCCUGCCAACUCGGAGAAUAUAACCAUCCUCAAUAACUCCCCCAUGGACAUAGAGGUCCAGUUCUUCUUUGAGGAUGAUGAGAAAGCAGAGACAUUCCUUCUGGACCCUCCCAGCAUGACCCUGAAACCAAAGGAGAAGCAGGAGCUGACCAUUUGGGCAUACCCCACUUCCCCUGGCUUCCUGGAAGACAAACUCAUCUGCUGCAUUGACAAGAACCCAGAGCCAGUGGUCUUCAGCGUGUGCUGCCACGGGGUGCACGUGAAGCUGGAGGUCAGCCCCCUGGAGCUGUCUUUUGACAAGCUGCUUCUGCACAGGACUGACAGCAGGACCUUGGUCCUGAAAAACAACACCCUACUGCCCAUGGCCUGGCAGCUCAGUGGGCUGGAUGACCUUGCUGAGGACUUCUCACUGUCACAAGAUAACGGCACCAUUGAUCCCCGCUCAGAGUUUGAAGUGACAGUGAAUUUCAAGGCCCAGCAGAUUGGCACCAUUGAGAAGACCCUUCGACUAGAGGUGAGAGGGACUGUGCCCUGCCUGGCACAGUGAGCAGCCACGUGCUCU